CGCGAGGAAAACUUUGCAGCGUUUUUUCUCGAUAAUAAGUGGUUAUUAUGGGAAUUCAAGGGCUUCUUCCACUAUUAAAGUCUAUUCAGGUCAAAACACAUAUCAAACAAUAUUCAGGAAAAACCAUAGGCGUAGAUGCGUAUAUAUGGCUUUAUAAAGGGGCGUUUUCAUGCGCAUGGGAUCUUGCAUUAGGGGAAUUAACGGAAAAAUAUGUUGAUUAUGCGAUGCACCGAGUUAAAAUGCUUAAACAUUAUGGAAUUAAGCUAUUUAUUGUAUUUGACGGAGGGUAUUUACCAAGCAAAGAGAAGACAGAGUGCGAGAGGGGAAAAAAACGGGCAGAAAGUAAAGCAAAAGGGCUAGAAUUUCUUUCACAGAAUAAAAAACGACUAGCAAUGGAGCAAUUCCAAAAAUGUAUCAAUGUUACGCCUGAAAUGGCGUAUAAAUUUAUUAAGGCAUUAAGACGCGAAAAUGUGGAUUAUGUUGUUGCACCAUAUGAAGCAGAUGCUCAAUUGGCAUAUUUAGAAAAGCAGGGAAUCAUUCAUGCUAUUCUUACGGAGGAUUCGGAUCUUUUAGUUUUUGGAUGCAAAUGUAUUCUUCUGAAACUGGACCAAUACGGAGAAUGCAUUGAAAUUAAAAGAGAGAAGUUUCGACAAGUCAAGGAAAUCGAUUUAUCAGGAUGGUCAGAUGAAGAAUUUCGAUGUAUGGCUAUUCUUUCGGGAUGCGAUUAUCUAGAAGGUAUUCCUGGUGUAGGAUUGAAAACAGCAUAUCGACUAUUAAAAAAACAUAAAACAAUUGAUCAGCUUUUAAAAGUAAUCAUGUCAGAAUACGCACUUAAAAUCCCACAUGAUUAUGAGAAGCAAUUUAAUUUUGCAAAUCUAACAUUUAUGCAUCAACGUGUAUAUUGUUUGGAUAGGAAAAGUAUUGUCAUGUGGAACGAGCCAAAAACUUCACUAGGAGAGAAUGUCGAUAGAAUUGCUGGUCCAGAUAUACCAGCAGAUAUUGUUCAAGGAUUAAUACGUGGAGAAAUUAAUCCAAUAACAAGACUUCCAAUUCAUGUAUCAUUAAAUGGAAUUCAAGCAUUUAACAAGACUAAAGGAAAUAUACAGUAUCCAAAUGAAUACUGCAUGUUGGCUAAACAAGGAAAAGAAAGCCCUUUCAACAAUCAUUCUAUUUCACCUCUUUUCGCUUUGCCUACGAAUAAUUCCCGACCACAGGUCUUAUCUGUUCUUAAUGAUAAUGCAAAAAGGCCAUUGACAAAUGAUAUUUCCCGACAGACAGAAGCAAAACAUUUCAAGGAAACCUUUCAGGACAAAAAACACCUUGUAUCAAAGAUCAAUCAGGAAAAUAUUCAUCAAACAAAUCAUAUUCUUAAUAAAGAUAGCUCUUUUCCUCAUCAAAAAAAAACAAAUGUUCAUAUAAUCAAAGAAGAAAGUCAAAUAAAAGCUACAGAAAAUACAAACAACAAAGAAGACAUUAAUCAUAAAAGCAUCGCUGUAGAUUUAGAUAAUUCAUAUCCUAAUCAUUUGAAUUCAUUUGAAACUUCCAAGAGUUCAGAAUGUCAAAUACUAGAUAAAUGUCCUUGGUUUAAUGACGUUUUUCCAGAAAAGAAUAAUAUACAUUCAAAAUCUCAAAAAAUAGACAUUUACGAAGAUAAGGAACUUUAUAGCAGUAUUAUUUCGAAUUGGCGUCAAUUGCAUACACAAACUUCAAAUGAUUAUGCUAAAGCUCACUUUCCUUUACAUCAAAUAGCUACUCAAAACACUUUUAUAAAACAUAAUUCAGAACCAACAGAAGAGUGCAAAAUAUCUAAAGGAACACCAUGUGCUAGGAGAUUACCAUCUUGUUUUAUAUUUUCAACAAAUUCUACAGAAAAAAUUGGGGAAAAUAAAUUUUGAUAUUUAAACAAUAUUAAUACAUUUCUAUCUUUGAAAAACAACCAUA